CAUAUAUAUAUAAACAUACAAAAGCUUAGUUGGUUCAAUCAAAGUAUAAACAGAAUUUAUGUUUUCAUGUCACACAAGUUAUACAAACAUGAUAACACACCACCCACAUAUAUCUUUUACUACAAUCUAUAUCACAGUAACAAGAAAAUAGUUACAACAUGCAGCUAGUUAAACUGUAAGAGAGAAUUCCAUUAGAAUGAAGAAUUACAUUCAUUACUGCAUCAUUGCAUUAACUGCAGCAGGUUUUAGUUGUAAAGGUGAUAUCAUCAAACUACCGGCACCUGGUAACAAUGCAACAAGAGCACUUGGUAUAAGCAACCUUAAGAUAUCAACAACAAUAUCAACAACUGGUGUUUCUAACUGUGGAUGGAGAUAUGGGGGAGAGUUUGAUGUUAGUGCAUUUUACUCCGGGUUUGGAUGCAGCAACUACACUGGUGUAAAUGAAACAAUCACUUGUGUUAACAAUGCUGGUACAGUGACAUCACAACUAACAUUGUUACAACCACAAUACAAAGAUUUGAAUAUAAACAUGCAAUGUUCUCCAUCACCAAGCCAUUCAGUAAACGUUGUUCUUAAAGCUUGUUCAUCUCCAACACCCAACAAUGUUCCAGUCAACCCAUCAAGUGGUGUCUACAACACUCAAGCUAACUUCCAGUGUUCGCAUGGUUCAACUUUGUUUGAUAUAAAUGGAGCAACUGAAAACACUGCAACCAAAUGCCUUGCUACAGCAGAGUGGAAGAAUGAAAAGAUAGUUCAAUGUUGGGCAGAACCAACUGCAGUUUUAUCAGGAGCUAUUAUUUAUAAAGUUGGAGAGAGAGCUACAUUUCAAUGCACAACAUCUAAUGUGGUACCAGCUGUGUAUAAAGUUGAAAUCUUUUUCAAUGGAAUCAAACAAGUUACUGGUAACACAUGGACAAGCAAUCAACUGGAUAUUUCAAAUGAUGGAGAUAUAGUGGAAUGUAGAGCUAUAAAUAAUUACACUGCUAAACCUGAAUAUGCAAACUUAGGAUGAUCAAACAAAACAAUCUCCAUCAUCUAUCCACCACAGAAGUUUAAAGUCACAAACGCACUGAACAAUAUUUGCUUGUGGGAGAUUGGAACAACCCAGGAUUGUAACAUCACAUUCAAACUUAAACCUCCUUUCUAUUCAACUAACUU